AUGGAGACCCUCCUGCCCUUUAGCCUGGCGACAGUUAUCCUGCUUUUGGCUGGUGGGGUUACUUUUUCUGCUGAGGUUCCUCAACAACAAGAAGAGAGUCGAAUAUUGAUCAAUAAACUGUGUUUUUUACCAACAAAAGAUCCUGCAAAUCACCACAGCACAGAAGAAUCUCUCGAAGCCAGAAACCGUCCCCAAUCUGCUUCUACCUUCGCGGACUGCUCAGUGCUCUACCCUCUACUCUACUGGACCAACGCCGUGCAAGAUGGAUUCUUUCCUGUCAAACCUGAGUCUAACACUGACCACUUUGACGUCUUCUGUGACAUGACUACAGAUGGUGGGGGCUGGACUGUCAUACAGAAGAGGUUUGAAGGGAGAGUCAAUUUCAACAGAAACUGGGCAGACUACAAAAAUGGGUUUGGGAGGGUCGAGGGAGAACACUGGCUUGGACUGGAUAAAAUCUACAACCUGACAAUACAGAAUAGCUAUGAACUAUAUGUCCAGCUAGAAGACUGGGAAGGUAACUUUGCCUAUGCUAGAUAUGAGACAUUCAACAUUGGAGAUGAAAGUAAGGAUUAUACACUAACCAUUGGGGCGUACAGUGGGGAUGCUGGGGACUCUUUAGAUUACUAUGGUGGUCUCGGUAUGAAGUUCAGUACUACCGAUGUGGACAAUGAUGGGUCCAGUAAUACACAAUGUGCUCAGUGGCUCUCAGGAGGCUGGUGGUAUGGUUCUUGCUCUAACGCGGUCCUGAAUGGUCCGUACUUCCAGUUAGAUGACUACCACGGUUCUAACACAGGGUACGGCAUGUGGUGGUACCACUGGAAAGGCACCUACUACUCUCUGAAAGCCACGAAGAUGAUGGUACGGCCUCUAAACUAUAUCCGCCAUCUGUGACGUAACAGCUAGUCAUACAAAGCUAAACAUAUACCAUGCUUCAUGCAGUC